CGUAUAAAAAKGUUUAUGAAAAGGAUUGCCAGGAUGUUUAACGUAGCAAAAGAUGGCACUCACAUUGGAAUAGUCGUUUACUCAUCUAACGUGCAAGUCAUCUCAACCUUUGAACAGCACAUGGAUAUCAGUAGUUUGGAGGCGGCAAUAGAUARUAUGAAAUAUCCUGGCAUGGGCACUUUAACGGGAAAAGGWCUCAGCACUGUCAAGACAAACUUGUUUGAUGCAAGUGCUCGACCAGGCKUACCCAAUGUACUUCUUGUCAUCACGGAUGGUGUUUCCCAGGAUGAUAUCCUAAAACCSUCUGCAAGUUUAMGRAAUAUWGGUGUGAUUAUUUUUUCAAUUGGYRUUGGCAAACAUUUUAACCASAGAGAGCUCGAAGAAAUUGCAACUGAUCCUGACAUUGAACAUGUAUUUGAGGCAGAUUUCAGUACCCUUGAUUUACUUGUUSAUAAGAUUAAAGACGGUGUUUGUCAAGGUUCUGGAGGUGCAACCCAGCUUCCUAUGGACGAUGCUCAACCAAUUGCAAAAGCAGCUUAUGCACCAUUUGUUCCUAACCCAGCUYACCCAAUAGCACCAUAUGCAGCAUCUGUUCCUUACACAGGAAAAUGCACAGCUAAAGUAGAUCUAGGAUUCCUGUUAGAUGUCUCAGGCAGUAUCGAAUUAUCUGGAAGAGGCAACUUCAAAAGAUGUAUUGACUUCAUCGYACAAAUGGUAGAUGCAUUCAUUAUUGGACCUCCCGCAUCUCAUGUUGGACUUGUCAAGUACUCCCACAUUGCCAAUGUUGAGUUUGACUUCAAAACGUUUACUGAUAAAGAAAAUAUCAUUAGGCGGSUCCAGGCAACGAGGUAUCCUGGAGGGGGCACAUUAACUGGAAAAGCACUUACAUUGUGUUUAACAAACUUAUUCAAUAMAGCUCGUAAAGAAGUGCCAAAUAUAUUAAUAGUUAUGACAGAUGGGAAAUCAUCCGAUGAUGUUGGGCCUCCUUCUAAAGCAUUGCAUGACUCAGGUGUAUURAUCUACAGUCUUGGAAUGGGAARGAACUUCAAUGUCAAUGAUCUAGAAAAAAUGGCAUCUGAUCCCAAAAGCGAACACGUGUUCACGGCGGAUUUCAAGGAGCUUUCUGGCCUCAUUCAGCAAAUCAAGAAUAAGGUGUGCACAUACUCAAGACCUUUGUUUGACAUAAUGGGAAGCCAUUGAUAAACACAUAAACACCAAAUUCAGAAUGUUCCAGAGAGGCUCUAGUCUCAGUGGUCCAAAAGGAUAUUCGCAUGCGCUCACAAAAAUGACGAUUCCGGCAAAGGUGAUCAGGUUACCAAGACUUGUCUCUGAACAAACGGUUUCGGAAUCAAUAGCCAGAUAUGCUUGUUGUCUAACAACCCACAAAAGAAUCGAAGAAGAGGCUAAAGGUAACAAUAUAAAGGUUCUAAGCAUCACCUUUGGGUCUUUUGUGAGUGGUUAUUCUGCCAGAAUAUCGAAAAAAGAAAGUAAAAGACUUGAUUGUUCGUAUUGUGCAAUAACUUUGGAAUUAAAAGCUUGUACGUAAUAAGAGCUAAACGAUGUCAAUCAUUUUUUUCUUGGAUUUAAUAAAAACUCAUUCAUUGUCAAUAUCCAUUUUGUCAAACACGAUACUCAUUAAUAGUCACAAGAGCACUUUAUACUGUAUAAGGUAGUCAUAGUACUAUACAAAUUUAAAGCUCUAGACAGUGAA